AUGGCCGACAACGUUGCCGCUCCGACCUCCUCGACCCUCCCUCCUCCCCCCCAGACUUCUGCUGCUGCCUCCAACCAGCAGUACGAUGGGUCUCAGGGCAAUGGUCAAGCCAAUCCAUCCCACAUGCCACCUCCUCCCCGCCCGCCCGUGGUGAUCCCUCAGAACACCAACCCGAUCCCGACCGCCAUGACCUCUCCGAUGUCCGGCAACAUGAUGUCUCCGACCAGCGCCGGGGGCUUUGUGCGUCGGGCGGCCCCUGAGCCAAACAAGAGGGCGCUGUACGUUGGUGGCCUGGACCCUCGCGUGACCGAGGAUAUCUUGAAACAAAUCUUCGAGACUACCGGCCAUGUCAUCAGUGUCAAGAUCAUUCCCGACAAGACUCAGAAGUUUAGCAGUAAAGGAUUCAACUACGGCUUUGUCGAAUUCGACGACCCCGGUGCCGCCGAAAGAGCCAUGCAGACGCUCAACGGGCGCCGCAUUCACCAGUCGGAGAUCCGUGUCAACUGGGCCUACCAGUCCAACAGCACGAACAAGGAAGACACCUCGAAUCACUUCCACAUUUUCGUCGGCGAUCUGAGCAACGAAGUCAACGACGACGUGCUCCUCCAAGCCUUCUGUGCCUUCGGCUCCGUGUCCGAAGCUCGUGUGAUGUGGGAUAUGAAGACUGGUCGUUCCCGUGGCUAUGGAUUUGUUGCUUUCCGCGAGCGCAACGAUGCCGACAAAGCGUUGAGCUCCAUGGACGGCGAAUGGCUCGGCUCCCGCGCCAUCCGCUGCAACUGGGCCAACCAAAAGGGCCAGCCUUCUAUCUCCCAACAGCAAGCUAUGGCAGCGAUGGGAAUGACACCCACCACAGCAUUCGGUCACCAUCACUUCCCCACCCAUGGCAUUCAAAGCUACGACAUGGUCGUCCAGCAAACCCCGCAGUGGCAGACCACGUGCUAUGUGGGUAACUUGACCCCUUACACCGCGCAGAACGACCUCGUCCCGCUCUUCCAGAACUUCGGAUAUGUUCUUGAGACCCGUCUGCAGGCCGAUCGGGGAUUUGCGUUUAUCAAGAUGGACACACACGAGAACGCGGCUAUGGCCAUCUGCCAGCUCAACAGUUACAAUGUCAACGGUCGCCCUCUGAAGUGCAGCUGGGGCAAGGAUCGCCCCCCUACCGGCCAGUUCGACAACUUCUCCGGUCAGCAGGGCACCUCCCCUUUCAACAACAACCCGACCCCGUACUUCCCCCAGUACGGAGGCCCCGGCGCCCCCAUGACUCCUCAAGGCCCUAACAACCAAAGAGGCUGGGACCAGUCCGGCAUGACUGGCCAAGGCUACGGCCAGGUCCCUGGCAACGCAGGGUAUGGCCGUGGUCAAGCUACGCCUACCUCCGGCUGGAACCAGCAGCCAAACAAUGCCAACUUCGGCAAUGGUUUCGGUGGCUACCAAGCGUAG